ACGUGAUAUGCUGUUCAAUUUGGAGCUGUACACAGGCUGACAGAUCAAGAUGGCCACAGAUGAGACUACAGUGAGGUGCUUCCAGCAUUGUGACCGGACACAGAACAUCCUGUGUUUCUCUGUCCCCCAAAUCUGCCCCCUGUGUGGGAGGGACACGAGAGAAAGUGCAAGUCGAAUCCCCCCGUACGUCUUACCAUCACCUUUUGUACAGGCCUGUCACCGCCCAUUCUCCAUCAUCAUCAAACCAACGUUAGGUACAUUUCUACAAAACUACACAGAUACAUCAAAUCUGCACAUAGGGUUGACCGACUCACAAGGUGUUACAUUUGACUAUGAUGAGGAUGGAGUCAACAUCAACACACCUGGCUGGGACCAAUGCGUUGCCAUAGAGAUGAUACAAAGUUCUGGAGAUAAAGAUUUGUCAUUAGAGUGGGAUACAAAUUUGAGACAGGAGAGUAGAAGUGACCGCUGGACUAAGUACAGAUACCAUGAGGAUAUAUACAACUGUUUUGACUUUGUGAUACAGUUUCUAUGGCAACUUGGACUACACCAUGUCAAUCACUCUCUGAGGAGCAAGUCGGCGUUGUGCGAGGAGCUAGUCGUUAAGCACACAAGACGUGCGGGACAGUACAUCUCUAUGUACAGACAAAUCCUUACACAUGGAUAUCUCUGUCAGAUGGUUAAAUGAAACCACUUGUUAACCUACAAUUGUACCUACCUCUUCUUCAUCUAGUGGUACUUAACUCAUUCACCCCUGAAGACACAUUUGAACUCUUCCAAUUCAAAGGUUGGAAUAGUUCAUUUUGAAAUUUCAGGGGUGAAUGGGUAAAGGCAGCAAUUAAAGUUUUUCUAAAAUUGGCAAUGAUCCUUUGCUUUUCUCUCAGCCCAGGUCCUGGUCUUAAAGAUUGAUGUCAGUAGCCAGGAUAUGUGCAGGAUUUUUUCUAAGGCGGCAGAAGUAAGAAGGAUUUUUUGAGGUAACUAUAGGGAAGCAUUAUAUACAAAUAUACAUUUGUAUCUAUUAAUAUCAAUCUAUAUUUGUAUGCAUGUACAUCUUAAGUUAUCUUCCUCUCUCUAUGAAUAUCUAUAUUUAUCUAGAACAGCUACACUAAAUCUUGAGUUUGAUCUUUCCUUAGAAGUCUAGAAUGACAUCAUUAGGUAUAUAAACUGUAUAACCUCACUUCACUGCCAUCAUUUUUCAAGGAAAAUUGUGACAUUAUAAAGGGGUUUGGCAAUAUAAAGAGGGAAAUAUAAGUGAAUGUUAAAUUAAGAAAGAGAGAAAAGGGGACUUUGACAUACUUGGUGAUAUGUGACAGAGAGGUGGCAAUGGAUACCAGUGGCAUUAUAUUGAGGUUUUUCUGUAUGUUAAUUUAAUACAGUAUUAGACUGCUAGGUUAGAGACCUAAACUCAUUUGACAUUUCAUUCCUCUAGUUUAUAAGGUGUAUUUGAUACAUGUGGUACAAAGCUUUAUUCCGUCUUUUCGUAUUGCAGAGUCAUCUGCUCCUGUGAGCAGGUAUUGAUUGUUACGUCUUUUCGUAU